CGAGCAGCUCAUGGUGGCGCCCCAGACCCGCCAGCAGCGGCCGCGCCGGGGCCGCCAGCUGAGCCGGAUCCCGGCGGGCGGCUCUCCCUUCUCCACACCGACCCACCGAGCGACCCGUCCCCCUCCCCCGGCGCUCCCUCUCCCCCCUCCCCGGCGCGACCCGCGCCUCGGAUCGCCCCUGCCGGGGCAGGACUGCCACCACCCCCGGGCGCCGCGGGGAAGGCGGCGGCGGCGAAGGGCACCGGGCAGCGCCAGGCGGCGGCGGGACCAUGGGCGCGAAGCAGAGCAGCCCCACCGCCGCCAAUGGCCGCACCCGGGCGUACUCGGGCGGGGAUCUGCCUUCCUCCAGUAGCAGCAGCAGCGGCGGCGGCGGCGCUAACGGGACCGGCGGGCGCUCGGCGGGCGCCGGCGGGCGGUACGCGCACCUGGCGGCGGCGCCUCACGCCGCUCCCGGCGGCGCGGCGGCGGCCGGAGGAGCGGCGGCGGCGGCCGGGGGUGCCGCGGGGUCGGCACCCCGGAGCAGGUCCCUGGGGGGGGCCACCGCCUCCGGCGCCCGGGCGGCGCAGUCCGCCCUCAACAUCCUCCACAGCGUCGGCCCCUACGGCUCGCAGGACUCGGUCAGCAGCACCCCGGAGGAGGGCGGCCGGGAGCGGCCCGCGGGGGGCGGCGGCGGUGGCGGCGGCUCCUCCGGCAGCUCCUCCGGCGGGCCCCGGCUGGUGAUCGGCUCGCUGCCCGCGCACCUCUCGCCGCACCUGUUCGGAGGAUUCAAGUGCCCUGUAUGUUCCAAAUUUGUAUCUUCUGACGAAAUGGAUUUACAUCUUGUGAUGUGUUUGACAAAACCAAGGAUAACCUACAAUGAGGAUGUGCUGAGUAAAGAUGCUGGGGAGUGUGCAAUAUGCCUGGAAGAGCUGCAGCAAGGAGAUACUAUAGCACGGCUGCCUUGCCUCUGCAUAUAUCAUAAAGGCUGCAUAGAUGAAUGGUUUGAAGUAAAUCGAUCUUGCCCUGAGCAUCCAUCAGAUUAAGACAAGAUUCAUGUUUUUAGCUGCUUCCACUGAUCAGAAAACAUAGGAGAUGUGAGGUUCCGUUGCUGAACACAGCGUGCCUGGCUUGAGACUUACAGUUCUUUGUGGCUGAAAAAGGCAAAGAUGGACAGUGACAUGGAAAAAGCAUUGCAGACACCGGUUACUUGCCAGUAGUGCUCAGUAUACCAAACACUCAUGCAAAGGACACACAGGGAUUUUGAAAAUGCUGCACAUCCUGUAACAAUCGACUCCCCACAAGACAUUACUGACACUAUUUUGUAUCGAAGGCCAAAGUUCCUAAUUUCAGCCUAACUUCUGGUUCUGUGAAGAAGCGAGUUAUUGGACAUGUUUCCCACUGCCUCGAGUGGAAGCAGAGAUGUUCGAUACGUGCUAUCUGAGACCCUUGCAGGAGGACGGCCCCGGAUUCGAGUGGGAGCGUUUUCACCUUCUCGUUGGCUGAAGAAUAGCAAAUGGCAAACUAAAUAAAUUCUAAUAGUGUGACCUUAAUUUACUGAAUUCACACCUGGUUUUAUGUUCUUCACUUUUUUCAAGAACAGAAAACAUAAACUGCUCUGCGUAGGAAUAUUUCAAAAUUUUGUAACUAAACCUUUGUCACAAUGCAGUCCAAAGAGUAAAACCAAGACAGGUAACAAAUUUAUAUCGAUCAAGCUAUAGAGAUUGUUGAGAUCUGCACAUUGUAUUGCUAUUUAAGUAACUAAAACGUCUCUUUUACUGCUUGUGAGUAAAAACUACAAAAAAAAAAAAAAUGCAGCAAAGCAAAAUCUUACAGCUAUGCAACUUUUUUUAAAAUAGGAAAAAGAAAAGAAUUACCAAUUUUAAGUGCUGCCAGUUAAGGUAAUUUGUUUAACGGGUAUUUUUUUAAAGAUGUUUCAGGUAAUUAUUUUAUUGUACUACUCUCAUCUCCAGGCUGCCUCCUGAGGUGUAAAUGAAUAACUGCAAAUGUGGGCACAGCGAGAGGUUUUUAUAGGCACGGGCAAGAUAACAUCGAGGUGGGAUUUGCGUUUAAUUUUUAAAACAUGUGCAAGUUCAUGUUUCCUUGUUUGAAUGUUUUUUUGGUGGCAGGAUCUGUAGUACUUUGCAUCUAAACCCUUGGUCUCUUCAUGUGGAGACCAGCAUUUGAUAGUGUGGUUUGUUUUGGUUAUUGUUUUUUUUUAAAAUGCAUCUGCAUUUGUUUAAUUUAUUAUUAUUUUACUGUAUUAUAUUGUUGUAACCAAGGCUCCAUGAAACACAGGAUGUCUCUGGGUGGGUACACCAAGUAAAACUGUGUAUAAAUAUUAGUUCCCAUAAAGUAUCACAGUUAAAAUAAAAAAAAGACAGGGAAAAAAAGACAAUAAACUGGAACAGUUAUCAGGGCUUAGAAGCAUACUUUUUAUAUUGAGAAUUAAUUGUAGUAGUUUCUGAAUUUCACAGCACAGGGAAGAGUUUAUGAAUAUUUAUUAGCAACAGCAUUCUUAGUGAGUUUCAAUAGUUAAAAUAAGUUGCACAACACUUCAAACAUUUUUCUUGUACAUAAAUAAUUCUGGUUUUCUUUUUUUUUUGUUUAAGUACACAUUUCUCUCUGUUGCUACUGUGAUUCAUAUCAAAAAGGGCAAAGAACAGGAGCAACUGCUGCUAUCUGGAGAACAAGUGCAGUGCAUGUUCUUAAACUCUCCCAUCUUGCUUGAAGAGCAGUUCUUCCCUGGAUAACAUUUCCUCCUGAAUGUUGCUCUGUAAAAUGCCUUUGUUACGCUGCAAAUCUAAAGGAGUCCGAACGAGAUAAUUGUUGUAGUUGCCAGUGCAGUUUCUACACUUUUGGGCUUGCAUCACUGGUUUCAGCGGAACCUGUAACUAUGGGGCCCUGUUGAAUUCUCUUUUUCAGUGGGAGCAGAAUCAUUUUGUCACUCGAUCAAUUCCAUAGUCACAUCAAAUGUACAGUCGUUCCCUGUAAAGAGCCCUUUCUCAAUAAGAAUAUUUGUGUUGCCUUGUAUUAUCUUGGGGGAGGGAGGGAGGGGAUGAGGAAUUACAGCACCUGUUAUACUCAAAUAGUGGUGUUGCCUGCAGGCCCACUUUUUCGAUGUUUUAAAUUCCUGAUAUCUUCUGAAAGUAAAGCUUUUGCAUUUUGCGUUGAUUCAAUGUUUGCUGUUGGCUUCAUGCCUACAGAAACUCACCUGUAGUAAUGUAAAGGGGGUAGGUAAGUGUUUUGAUGUCCUGUGCUCUGAGGUCAUUGGUAGGCUUUGGCUUGGGGAUUAAGUAGGUAAAUAUUAUAAACACAAAUCUGUUUACAACUUGAGCUCAGUUUUGGUAGUUCAUGGUAGUAGCUGAUUUAAAGACCCAGCCGUUACCACUGCUGUCCCAUGUUUAGGAGCAGUGUUAGAAAGGCACGCCACAAACCAAUGCACUGUGCAUGGUUUUGCAGGCAAGAGUCCAUCACUGCUUCCAUCAGCACAGUAGAGCAGCAAUACCUUGGAUUAUUUGAGGAACUGACAAGAGGUCAGCCUUAGUUUGACGUUUUUGGUAUCCAUGAAUCUCUUCUGAAAGACUGUGGGGGGGUUUUCUUGUAUCAAAACCUGUAAUACAGACCAAGCCUGGAAUGACCCUGGAAGCACGGCAGUGAUGCUUGGGGUUGAAAACGCCUAUGGAAACUCACUUAGGUAAGCUUUCUGUCACCAUCAGUUGCUGAUGACCAUGCUGUAGGCAUAGCUCUAGUCAUAGGCAACACCUUCAUUUUGAAAACGUCCUCACAGGGGUGCUGAGUCAUUGUGCUUCAGAAGGGGAGAAUAAAACACCAAACAAGUCCUGUGUUCUUGAUCAAGGAAUACCACACUUGUCCACAAGAAGCAAUAACUUACAUGACGGUGCGAUAUGCUUCUUUGCCUGUAAAUAUCUUGAUUGCCAAUUCUGUGCUGUUUCAGAGUAUUUUUCUGUCAUCUGGCCUAUAUCUUCCCUAAGUAUGUAAAGGUGUGAAAUAAUUCCCAUACUCAGGUCUGCCAUAAACAUGCUGCUUGCCAGCAGGGGAAGAGUAGACUGGACACUGUCUUGAAACAUGAGAUUUUUCUGAACUUGUAACAUACCCAUGUCUCUUCAGUAGCAACUUGUGUUUUGAAGUUCAUAGUGGAGGUGGCUGUGAGUUGGACUGUAUAUAACCAUAUCCCUACAAUACCAAGAGAGCCACACUACUGUUGGCACAGGGCACCCUUUGCCCUGUCUCUUACGAGUCAGUAUAUCUAGAACAACCCUUCCCUUUUAAAGGAGGCAGCUAAUUUUCUUUCAGUGUGUACAUUCAACGACGAGUUCAGUGGGAUGUAAAAGCAAAAAUACAAAGCACACCACGAACUUUCGGUAUUUCAUUUUUGGGAGAAAUAAGGCCAAAACCAGAUGGUCUUACUCAAAGUUAAGUCAAGGUAGCUGUCAUAUUCAAGUUGAAGUGUACUGAGGUAUUUUGAAAUGGAAAACAUAUAGGUGAUGUACAAAAACUUGGGUAUGUACUUGUGACCUUGUUUUUUUUCCUUGCUCCCCCUCUUUAUGGUGUAAAGGGGGUUUAUUACCGAAUCUCAAGAUUAAAACAUUUGUCCUACUUCUUAAUGUUAGGAGCACUGGCUUUUUAAGUCUUUCCUGAAAGGCUGGAGAGCUGGUAAAAUGGACUCCCAGGAGACUAAAAUCUCAACAAAUACGAGAAAGAUACUUUUUAUUCAGAAAUGUGGAUAUUUGGUGUUUCUGGAUGCAUAAUGUCUAAUACAUAAGAUGUGCUUAUGGAUGCUUUUGGUAUGCUGCCUUUUCCAUGUGUGGGCUUCAGAAACUUGCUCCAUUUCUUCUGUGUUCCACCCAAAAGCAAGGAACUUGGCAGUUGAAUAUUUCUAUUCUCUCUACAUAAACAGCAGCAAAACAUAUCUUGGUUUUGAUACAAGCCAUGAUCUCUGAGUUUCUGUGGAUUUUAGCUGCUUUCCCACAUUCAAAGAGAACAUUCGUGUGCAAAAUUGGUAUUGCUUUGUAUCUUCUCAUUUUGCUGGGCAGUUGGGAGUUUCCUGCUGAGAGACUACCAUAUACCUGGGAGUGCAGAAGUGUUGCUUUGGGAUCUUCCAGCUCACCUUUGCCAGUGGAGGAAUUAUCUCAGUUUUUGAUGAGUGCUACAUUUUAUGAUUUACCUUCCACCCUUCCAAGCUUAAAAGUCAUUUUACUAUCAAUUUCUUCUCUUCUUAGCUGAAGAAAAACAUGAUAUAUUUCAGGCCAUAUUCCCUCAAUCUUUGGACAGGCUUUCCACUGGCAUCAGCAAAAGUAAUAUAUGAGGUUGUAACUGGAAGGGGAGGCUUGUUACGGGUUUCCUACAAUCCAGCCAAAUAUGAUUUUUUCACGCAGCUCGUACUGCUUAACUUUUUGUCAUUCAAAACAUUCUGUGUGAGCAAGUCACGACAGAACUAUGUCCAGGAUUUGUUUCCUGAAUAUAAAACUCAUUGUGUUUCUGUUUCUCCAUAUAAAUUAACCUGCUUCUAAAAUCAAGUAGAAGAUAUUGUAGCCUGUUGGGGGUUAAAAAAAAUCCAACCCAGUCCUUACUCUCAGAUUGCAUUUGGUUAUCUUACUACACAGUUGUAGGCUGGCUUCCCAAGCUGCUGCAUUGUGUUCUGUAAAGUCAUGUCUCAAUUACUACAUCAGAGCUGAUGAUGGGAUAAGCUGUAAAAUGACCUCACUGUGGGGCAUUAUUAGUUGCUGAAGACUUGCUCAGGUAAACUACUGUAAGGAAUAUCCUGCACCUGAAAAAGGUUGGACUUUGUUCUGGUUUUGAUCUAAUAAGUUGCCAGUGUACAAGAAGUAGAAGGCAGCCAGCCCACUAGCUGAUCUUUCUGGCAGCUUUUAAUCUAUGUGUGUUUGUUUGAGAGACUUUUGCCCUUGGGUGUGCUUUGGCAAAGGUUUUGCAACAAUAAAUAGGAUUUGCUCGAUUCUGGCAGAAUUUCAAGUGUAAGUAACCCGACAUUGCAGGAACAUAAUCUGUUGAUGAAUCCCGCUCCUCUUGUUUUCCCUCAAAUCUGUCCCUUUUAUUGCUAAUUUGUUCUAUUUAAUAGUAAACACUUCUCAACAUGACUGGUCACAAGCUCUCAAGGUGUGAAAUGCUAAGAGGAAGAGACAUCAAAGCUUGAUUCUGUGCUCUUCUUGUUAAGAAUGAAGCCUGGAGUAUUCAUUACCAUACAGUCAAGAAUUUUCCCCUACCUGAUAUUGCCAAAACACUGUAACUUUCAAGGAAGAAGGGGGGUGGCUUAGCUGUAGAGGGGAUGCUUUAAUGAGCUGCUUAAAAACUACGUGUAACAAAUAUUAAGAGCUGUAAUGUCCCACUGACACAGUGGUGAUCCAGCGUUAACCUUAUCACUUGAUUGUGAAUCUCAUUCUGGCUCUUCCUAGCCUUUGGCAGGUGCUUGCUGGUAGGGAGCCCAGUGUGCAUUCCCUUUUUUAUAUGCCUCUUCCUACAGAGCUAACCCUGCCCACAGCAAGUUAGAGGGAACUCCUUGCUAGCUUCUGAAAUGCCACCCGUAUGUGCAGUGGUAAUGGACAAGAUAUCUUCCUUCAUUACCCAGAGCAGAAAUUGGAAUGUAAUUUGCAAUGUCUAAUGUAAAACAUGUUUGUUUGUUUGUUUGUUUGUUUUGUUGGUUUUUUUUUUAAUUGAGCAGUACGAUUGCAAGUUGACUUAAGUUGUUCUAAGGUACUCUUUUCAGUGGUUUGCCAGUACAUAAUCAUGAAUGAAAAUAUUUUUUUAUUGAUUUUUAGGUUGUAUGUUUAACAUUCCAUUCAUGUAAAAUAUGUACAAAUAUAUGUAAUAAAUCUUUUGAAGCACA